GUUAAUCGAUAUUUUGUGUCUCGACUGGAGAGAAUUGAGGUUAGGUUGAUUGUUGGUUGUUGUGGACGUUGCUGUGUCGUUUCUUUGUAAAACCGUUGAAACCAAAAAAGUUAUAUUUUAUAAACUUUUUCAUGUGAUUUGUAUUGCUUUUCCAAGUCUAGAUUCAUUUGAGAUUAUGGCUUCUGGACUUGAAAGCUACGUCAAUCACACUGUAUCAAUUGUUACUUCGGACGGAAGAAAUUUCGUGGGGACGUUGAAAGGGUUUGACCAAACCAUCAAUUUGAUUCUGGAUGACAGUCAUGAAAGGGUCUACAGCAUGACUCAAGGCGUGGAACAGGUAGUUUUGGGCCUUCACAUCAUUCGAGGCGACAAUGUAGCCAUAAUUGGAGAGAUGGAUGAUGCAAUUGAUUCACGCCUUGACUUGAGUUCACUCAGAGCUGAACCUCUGAAUUCAGUUACUCAUUGAAAUACCAACUUAUGUUGGUGUAUAUGGUUUAAAUGUGAUUUGUAAUUAAGUUGUCGAUUAAUGAUUUAAGUUAGUAAAUAUGUCUUUUCCAUGAG